ACGAAAUCGCUCACACAUCUCGGCAACUCCACAGAGAUCUGGGGCGCAUGAGCUUCCCCAGAUCACCCAAUAGAGUCGAUGGGCUCACCAAACGAGGUUGAACAGACUAGCCACACUUGUGGGGUCUGCUCCCGAUCUUUCACUCGCAUAGAGAAUUUGAAACGUCAUCAAAAGACGCACCAGAAUAAUCUCCCUCACCGUUGUAUGAUUUGCCAAAAGAGGUUUUCACGCAGCGAUCUGCUCAAGAAACACCAACGACUUCAUCAGAAGCUUGAAAAAGAGGAUUCAUUACGGGAAGAGCAUGAAUUGUCAUCAGCGAAGAAGGUGGAUUACUCCUUCAUCAUAGAGGACCCCAACCCACUUUCGUCCCUGUCGCGAAAUAGAGACAGAGAAACGGGAAUUGCACACCUGCCGCUUGUUGGCAACUCACGACUGCAGCACCUUAAUGCUGGCCACGCCAUGAACAAGACGCCUAGGACGAGUCAUGCUGCGUCUUCAGUUCUUUCACCAUCAUGCGUCGCGUUCUCCAGGCCACAAGAUACAACGGCAACAACCAGUGUGCUUGGAGCGAAUGUGGACUUCUCAUAUUUCGUCCAACAUUGGCAGGAUAGUCUGUGGGUUGACUCAAGCCAAUGGUUUACACCAGAUUUUUACGACGCCGUCCGAGAGACAUCACACAUAAGUGAUCCUUUCAUACUCCAAGACGAUUCGAUGUCACUAUCUGCUCACUGGAACUGGCUGGGUCAAUAUCCAGCGAUACCUGGCAGUAGUGCACCACAAUUGACCACGAACGAUGUCCAAGUCGCACCAUUAGUUCCAGCUGAAAUCUCGGAUGGGCCAGAGAGUAUAUCGAGAGUCAAUUCUCCUCCGAACGUGCCCUCUAGAGAGGACGGCGUGGCAUUUGCGUGGAACCCGUCGUCGAAGAGUCUUUGCCAAACACAUUCGAUUUCUAUCAACGAGUCGCACCCUCUUAUGAUUCUACAUAAUCCUCAAUUCGACAUAAUAGAAUCAACAUGGAUUCGCGUUCAAGAGUUUCUAGAGCUUGAAACUCCCGGCUCGGAGAAUCUGAUUCCGCCGUCUCUGGCAGUUGCGAAUGUGUUCUUGGGACUCUUUUUCGACUGUUUCUAUGAACAAAGUCCUGUACUUCACUUACCGACACUCUCAGUUGAUCAUUUGCCGGCAUCUUUACUAUCCGCCAUGAUCAUCAUCGGCGCCACAUACAGCCGUAUCCGGCACACAAGACGCUUUUCCAUAAUCAUGCUCAACAGAGCUCGUCAAAAUCUUCAAGUACUGAUCGAGGCCGACAAAAGCUUGACUAGACAUCCUGAAACUAUCUAUGCAUCUUCUCUCCUAGUGUAUACUGGGCUAUGGUGCGGAAACAAAGGGGCCUUUGAGACUGCCGAAGCAUCCCGAGGAAGUUUGGUGACAUACGUCAGACGUCUGUUCCAACCAAAAUCGAAGGUUGCGGAUGCCGCAGGGAUUCACGUUGAAGAUCGUUGGAGGGCGUGGGCAAAAUCUGAGUUCAAGCGCCGUUUACGCUGGUAUGUGUUCAUGAUCGACUCACAGUUCCCUGCCAUCUUGAACAUGCGGAGUAUGAUGUCUCUCGCAGAGGUCUCUAGGUGGGAGUGCCCGGGUGACGACGCCGCAUGGUGUACAACGAGUCCUCUUACCUGGGAAGCUCUAGUCAAAUCACUGGGGAGUUCACCGGCACCAGAGUUUGGCGUUGUCUACAAGGCUCUUACGAAUAACAGAAGAGCCCAGUCCACCAGUUUGACACCAUCAGUCCCUCUUAUUACCGAUAACAUCAGCCCGUGGACACAAUUCCUGGUUCUAAGCUCUUUGGCUAGCCAGGCACUGGACUGGUCGCAUGAUUGGUCGGUACAGGUCGGUAGUGACCUUGCUAUAGUACAAGAUAUGAACAGUGAUUGUCAUCAGGAAGGUCUGCGGAUACGGGACAACAUCAUUGGUAAGGCAUGCUGUCUUUCAGUCAUCCCCGCCAAAUCUGACGCUUUUACUUCAGCAUCUUUGAAAUCAUGGGAGUGCUACUACGGCACCAAGCACAGUGGUAACCCGAUCUCGGAUGGGGCACAAAGUCUAGUGCUGUACUUCCAAAAAGCAUCUCAGAUACUUCGUGGCCUGAUAAACAUUCAACUACAUACGUGCGUUGCUGAUUUGCAAGAUGCCCUUGGAAAAGGCGGAGCAAAUGCCGUUGACGAAAGCCUGGGCCGACUUCGAAUCUAUUUCACAAACGGGUACACCAGUUGUGUUGAUUCGCAUCAAGAGCCGCCAUUUGAGUCUCUAGACGCCUUUGCCAAAUCAGUCAUUGAAACUACAUCAAUCAUGAGCAACCCGACCUUACAGUCUGCCACACCUUACAGUAUCUUUGGAGUCUUCCUGAAUCAUGUCUUACAGUGGGCAUUUCUAAAAAGCAGCCCCGAAACGCUGAAGUCACACCUUCGUAGACAUCUCCAAGAUAUCGCUUUCUCAUACCACGGACAGGGCAUUUCGGAGCUCACUGGAAUACUAGAUUUUGGGCUCUCUUCAGCAGACCCGACAGGCAUAAACAGGGACAGGAGCCACUUAGUUCUCAUGCAAGCCGCGCAAAAUUUGGCGCUACUUGGCACUUGGGGCGCAUCGCUGAAUUUGGCCCUUUUGCUUCAGCUGAGAGCAAAAACUUAGUUUUGACGCUGUCCGUAUUAAGUUUUGAGUCUCAUUAUGGUCUGUUCAGGAAAGUUUUGCAAAAGACCUGAAGCCACAAUAUGCAGAAAUGAUGGAAGCUCGUUAAGCCCGUGCGAGAGACCAUCUCUCGUUAAGCAAGCUUUAAAUUGCAAGUUUCCACCCACGC